CACACAUACACACACACGCACACACACAUACACACACACAUCAAGAAUAAACCAUCUAAUCUCUCUCUGAUCUGCCGUACUUUAACAUUAUCAUCAAGGAGACAGAUUGUGAAACAGAGUGAACGAUAUUUACCAGAAGAAAAGAAAAGAAAAAAAAACUUCGCGAGAGAAGUUCACACUAGCUGUGAAGAUGAUGCGAGCUCAUAUUGAGGUGAUUCCUUGUAAGAUCUGUGGAGACAAGUCAUCAGGAGUGCACUAUGGGGUCAUCACCUGUGAGGGCUGCAAGGGUUUUUUCCGAAGGAGUCAGUCGUCCAGUGUGCAGUAUUCUUGCUCUAGGCAGAGUAACUGCCUCAUUGACCGUGCCAGCAGGAACCGCUGCCAGAGCUGCCGUCUUAAGAAAUGUGUUGCCCAGGGAAUGAGCCGAGAUGCGGUGAAGUUUGGCCGCAUGUCAAAGCGUCAGAGAGAUUCUCUUUUUGCUGAGGUGGAGAGGCAUCAGCAGCAGCAGCAACAACAGCAGCGUCUCCAGGCAAGUCAAGGUGAGCCUGAGCCUCUGCCUGCCUACAGGCCCAGCAAAGAGUCCCGAGGUCGCCAAGCACAUUUAAUCCAGCCCCUUGUGCCCACCUUCCCUUACUCACUGGACCCAGAGCUCAACUGCCCUUCAGAGGUGCAUCCGUAUCAGGGCAGUGCCACAGGUGAUGCCCAGGCUGCAGCUUUGGCCUACAGAAGUUCUCAAAGGGGUGGAGAGAGCAGCACCUUUUCAACACUGAGAGGCUUUGACUCCAGAAGGUCUACACCAGAGGCCAUCCUGAGCAUUCCAGGAAGUGAAAUGGGAUUACGAGCUUUUGACCCUGAAAGCUUGUUCUGCCCUUACCCUACGUCAACACACAUAGAGGAGCUGUGUGCAAGCAUUUUCCGCUCUCACAGGGAAACGAGUCAGUAUUGUGUGGAGGAGCUGCAGAUCCUUAGGUGGAAGAUCUUCAGCAGGGAGGAGGUUCUUGCCUACCAAAACAAAUCUAUGGAUGAGAUGUGGCAGCUCUGUGCAGUUCGUCUGACAGAUGCGGUACAGUACGUGGUGGAAUUUGCAAAACAUAUUCCUGGCUUCCGUCAGCUUGGUCAGAAUGAUCAAAUUGCCCUUCUCAAGAGUGGUUCAAUGGAAGUAGUUCUGGUCCGCAUGAGUCGGAUAUUUAAUAUGGAAAACAGCACAGUCUUCUUUGAUGGCAAGUUUGCUGGACCUGAACUGUUUAAGUCUCUUGCCUGUGGUGAUUUUAUUGCAUCAGUAUUUGACUUUUCGCACGGUCUUUGUGCUCUGAGGCUGACAGAGCAGCAGGUGGCGUUGUUCAGUGCGCUUGUUCUCAUAAAUGCAGAUCGUCCAUGUCUGGAGGACAGAGACAGAGUGCUGAGAGUGAGAAAAGAUGUGGAACUGGCCUUCACUCACAUCCUACACAGAGACAACCAAGAAAGUUUACUGCACAAGCUGUACCAGAAGGUGGCACUGUUGAAAAACCUGUGUUCGCUGCACAUUGAGAAGCUGCGCUGGUUCCGCCAGUAUUACCCAGUGACUGUGCACUCUCUCUUCCCACCACUUUAUAAAGAGCUGUUCGUCUCAGACACUGAUACACACACAAUGGUCACUCUCUGAACACAUCCACUCAAUCGCACAAUACACAGAAUACACAAUAUGUACUGAAUUUACACUUAUCUUCUGAAGGAGACAACUAUAUUUUUACCAUUCUGAAACUGUUGUCAGAUGGAAGUAUAUUUUUUGUGCAAAUGCUAUUUCGAUAAUGUGAAGUGUUUCUACAAAUAAUAAGCUCCUUAGCUGUUAUUUUUGUUAGUGCCAGCAUUUUGUUAAUCUGAACUUUUCAGCUGUAUAAGGUAGCAUUUAAUAGUUAACAAAUUGUUUUCAUUAACAAAUGGGCAUGAGUGUGUGUGUGAAUGUGAUUACAACAUUUUUUCCCCCUGAUGCUGUUUACGAAAUCUCUGUUGCCUCUAUUCACUGGUAAGACAUUUGAAGGAUCAAUGUUACUCAUUAGAGACUGGAGCAUUGCACUGGAACUGAAUGACCAUCAUGUUAACUUUCCAAAACUAACAUGCUUGGCUUUCCUCUUUCACACACAGUUGUCUUAUUUGCACAUUUAAAAAAGUACUAAAUAUCCUGUACAAUGAUAGUAGUCUUUUUCAGGUUUUAUUUUAGGACUGUAAUCUCAAAAGAUGACUGAAAUAGACCACCAGUUUUGUUAAAGGAUAGAAUAGGAUUUGAGUAGCCAUUAAAGGCCAUUUUCACAUUUACUAAUAAUAACUGGUUAUACACUGCAUUAAUUGAAAUGUUUUGCUUAACAGUAAAUUUUACAUAGUCAGAAUCUUUCCCUUGAAGCCAUUCUUCUAAGUUAGGUAUAUGCAACUGUAAACUUUUCAGUUGUUCUCUGGUUUGAAAAUAGUUGCAUAUAUGAUUUUAAAGAGCAGUUGGUUUUGUUUUUCACAGUUUGGUUCCUUGCAAAUCACUUUUCAGUCAAACGUUACUCAUUAUAAACUACAUCAUGUAUCUAUUUCAUUCUAGGUUUCAGGACAAUUAUUACUAAGGUGCUGAAUAAUUUCAUGCUAUGUGUGAGGUUUUAACAGUUAGAUUCAAGGGUGUAAUUGUAGCUGAGUCCAUAGGCAUAUUAGGACCUUGCUGGACACACAACUGGUGUUUAAACAUGUUAUCACAGGUUGCAAAGAUACAAGUGUUUAAUUAUAUUAGUAGCACUGAUAAGUAUGUAUGAGUGUGACACGUGUAGAUCAAGAAGGCCUGCUGUCUUGCCACUUUUUUUGUAUCACUGAUCUCAAAAUUGUCGCUGAUAUAUUGCUAUAUUACCUUUUCUGACUUUGGUUGAUUAGCUCAUUUAUGGUUUCUUAAUCUAUUUUGUUUUAACUUGUAUUAUGCUAUAAGAAA